AUGAAUUCAACCACUGUCACUCUGUCGAUUUAUCUUGCCAAUGCCCAAACGCAGAUCGUUCGAUCCUUGCUUACACCUGUCUACAUCAUCGGCAACUUAACAAACCUAGCAAAUAUUCUCAUAUUCUUACAACCCACUCUUCGCUUGCACGUUUGUUCCUAUUAUUUCAUUGGCGCAUCGCUUGCACAUCUUCUGUACCUCAACAUGGGGUGUUCAACACGAGUCAUUUGGGCAUGGACUGGUUAUGAUCUUUCUCUCAAAUCUCUAAUAUUCUGUCAAACUCGAGUGUAUUUUGUAAUAUUUAGUCUGAGUGCAUCUCGAUAUCUUCUUUGUCUGAUCUCGAUUGAUCGAUGGAUGAUCACAUCAAGAAACGCUCUCACUCGUCAACUGAGUACGUCCAAAACUGCUCGACGAUUGAUCAUUAGAGGUAUUGUCUUUCUACUUCUCAUCAUCAUACAUGCACCUUUCGCAUAUGUUUUGACCGACACGAUACCUUGUGGAGCAUCACCACAAUCGAACCUCUUCAUACUCUAUACAAUCUUCAACGUAGCUCUCUCACUCAUUCCUCUCACAACUCUGGUCAUAUUCAGUCUUCUCAUACUUUACAAUAUCGAGCAGCUUCGAAGUCAACAAAUUGCUCCUGUAGAACAGACAUCAGUAAUAAAUAAUGUUUCACAUGCUGGGCGCCGAUACAAAAAGAAGGAUAUGCAGUUCAUUCGACUGGCACUUAUUCAAGUGGCUGCAUAUCUCAUUUUCAACACUCUUCAUGCCUAUAAUACGAUUUACGCAGUUGCCACACAAUAUCGAAUAAAGACAGCUGAUCAACGAGCGAUAGAAGGAUUUCUGAAUGGAAUAGGUCUCAAUCUCCAUUACACAUACACUGGAAUCACAUUCUUCUUAUACACGAUGGCAUCUGUCUCGUUUCGGAAGAUUUGUAUCGAUAUUUUGCGAAGACCGUUCAAACAUCCGUUAGCUUUGAGACACGAAUAA